UAAGGAGAAUGAAACAAGGGGUGAUGAGGGAGCAGGCACUGUGCAACGUGGUCCACCUAAACAUCGCAUGUUCAUGGGUUAUAAUAGCCAAUCAAACUUCCAAAGGAGCCGGAUUUAAUGCUUGGCCGGAAAACUUGUGGCCUGGAAGGCCUUUAAUUUCAUUUACUGGUUUGGAUUGUGGUUCCUGUUUACUUAGCCUGUAGCCAAACCAGCCAGCCAUUCUACGCACAAACAAACAAACAAAAAAAAAAAAAAAAAAACACCCAGAAACAAAAACAAAAAACCAUUUAGCCACCCACUAGAUAUAUAUACACAGAGAGUAAUUUAGAACAAAUUAAGACUGAUUAAAUAGCUAGAAAUUGUCUUCUAAUCCACCAUUAAUUGUUCUAGUAAGGGAGUUUUAUUAGGAUUAAUGAUGGUGACGAGUAGUAUGUCGAUAAUCUCGACGUUGAUUUUCCCACCACCUCCUUCUAUAUUCAUGACAGCAAUGUCAGUGAUUAGCUUCACGUCAUUAGCAAAUGCUGGGAUUUCAGAGAUUAGAGGAAAGCACAUGCAGUAUUCCAAGUUCUGGAAUUUCAAUAAUCCUGAAAAAACUGCACCAAAUUCAGAAAAGCAACAACGACAAGUAGUAACAUUGUCCGGUAGAACAGGCAUGCUCGUCGCUUAUACUCCUGCCUUUGUCACUGCUCUCACAUCCUUGCUGUUUUUUCCCCAUAACGAUAUCAGAUCUCUAUUGCUUUCUUACGCUCUAACCCUUCAUUUUCUCAAAAGGAUUCUUGAGGUUCAAUUUGUUCACAAGUAUAGUGGAGGAAUGGGCGUUGAUACAGCAGUUCCGAUCUGUCUGAGUUAUUUGUUGUCGACCGGAAGCAUGAUUUAUGGUCAAUACCUAAGCAGCCAAGGGCUAGGGUUUCCAGAGCCAGCAAUUGAUAUGAAGAGCGCCGGCAUUGUCUUGUUUGUAAUAGGAAUUUCUGGCAACUUGUACCAUCACUACCUUCUUUCGGAGAUGAGGGCGAAGCCAGGUGAAGAGAAGGAGUACAAGAUUCCCAAGGGUGGUUUGUUUGAGCUUGUUAUAUGCCCUCACUAUCUCUUUGAAAUCACAACAUUUCUUGGGAUAUCUUUCAUUUCUCAGACUCUCUACUCCUUUUCCUUUACCGCUGGAACCGCCCUCUACUUGGCCGGAAGAAGCUAUGCUACCAGGAAUUGGUAUCGUUCCAAGUUUAAAUAUCAUUUUCCCAAUAAUCUCAAGGCUCUCGUUCCAUAUGUUUUCUAAUUAAAUUCAAGUGAGUUUAUAUUUUUUGAUGAAUAUUCUAUAUUAUGUCAAAAGUAAGCAAUCCAAUUAUUUACUAGCUAUAAUAUCCU